AAGCUAUGAAAGUCUGCUCUCAUCGCUUCCUGGCUUGGGAGAUAUCGAUAUCACUAUCGAUGAUGCAGAGAGAGACAUACCUCAGAUCACGGCUUGUCUUCGUCGGACCGGAGGACAGCAGCUCACACACAUCAACCUUACAGCACCGUCAUCACUCCCAUCAGAGAAGAGGAGUGUAUCGAGAGAGACGAUGAGAGGAUUGGGUCUUCUGAUCAGAGAACAAACCAAGAACCUACAGUGGCUGCGUCUAUCCAGAGUGAAGGGCACGGACGAGGGAGACUUGGUUAAACUCGUUGAGUGUUGCAAACAUGUGGAGACGAUGAAUCAUCUAAUGCUUCUUGGCUGUGGGACAAAGUCAGACGGUAGACUAAGACAUCUCAUCACUUAUCUUAACAAGUUAGAGAAGUCACUCAGGGUGAUUGCCUUGCAUGAUAAUGGUCAACUCCUCGUAGAGAAAUGCCAGCUAUCUACCGAGAUGACUGCCAGAUUAUUGUCCUGUCUCAGAUCCUACAUCUCACUGAACCAUCUCAGCAUUUCAGACUCCUCUCUCAGUUUCCCUCCAUCUCCUCCUGAGCUUCCAUCCGUCACAAAGCUAUCAGCUAAGAGUGUGACGUCACAAAGCUAUGAAGGUCUGCUCUCAUCGCUUCCUGGCUUGAGAGAGAUCGAUAUCCGUAUCGAUGAUGCAGAGGGAGACAUAUCCCAGAUCACGGCUGGUCUUCGUCGGACCGGAGGACAGCAGCUCACACGCAUCACCAUUACAGCACCGUUCUCACUCCCAUCAGAGAAGAAGAGUGUAUCGAGAGAGACGAUGAGAGGACUGGGUCUUGUGAUCAGAGAACAAACCAAGAACCUGCAGGUGCUAGGUCUGUAUGGAGUGAAGGGCACAGACGAGGAAGACUUGGUUUACCUCGUCGUGUGCUGCAGACAUUUCAAGACGAUGUCAGAGCUGUGGUUACAGUGUUGUGGAACUAGAGAGGGCGGCAGAGUGGAAUCUCAUCUCAAAGGUCUUCAAGCAUCAUCAUCUGGCGACCUCUCUGUGCAUAUUCAUCAUUUGUGCUACCACUCUUAA